AUGGUUAAAAGUGGAAUGCGAAAAGUGCAUCAUCAUUUAAAAUGGUUCUUUAGUGAGAGGAUUCAAAUGUUACAUGAGCGGGAUUCUGAGUUUUGUCAUGUGAGAUUGAGUCCUUUGUUGGAGGGUGAACAAAGAGUAGAUGCUUUGAAUUAUGAGCUAAACGCAGACAGAAGAAUAAUUGGUGGACAAAUGGAACUUUUGGUGGUUGGUCGAGUCAAAUUGGCAUUAAGGAGAAGCUUGAAGAAGUUUUUGAUGAAGGUUAAAGAAGAGCACCAGAGGCCACCAUAUUUGCUCCAACCCAUCAGUAUCCCAGAAUGGAAAUGGGAAGACAUAGUCAUGGACUUUGUAGUAGGAUUUCCAAGGACCCCAAAGCAACAUGAUUCAGCUUGGGUGAUAAUCGACAGAUUCACCAAGUCAGCUCACUUCCUACCAGUUAAGACAACUUAUCCUAUAGAUAAAUAUGUAGAGUUAUAUGAUGAGGUGGGGGAGAAACAGAUUCUAGGACCAGAAGCAGUGAGAGAGGCCACUAAAGUAGUCACCAAGAUUAGGCAGAGGAUACUGACUGCACAGAGUAUGCAGAAAAGCUCUGCAAAUCUUAAGAGAAGAGAGUUGGAAUUCUUAGUAGGUGAUCAGGUGUUUCUGAGAGUAUCACCUAUGAAAGGGGUUAUGAAUUUUUGGAAGAAGGGAAAGUUAAUUCCAAUGUAUAUAGGUCUAUUUGAGAUAUUGGAGAGAGUUGGGCAAGUUGCCUAUUGCUUGGCUUUACCACCUGGACUCGCUGAGACGCAUAAUGUGUUCCAUAUUUCCAAGUUGAGGAAGUAUGUGCUCGAUCCCUCCCACGUGUUGAGUUAUGAACUGUUGGAACUAAAGAAGGACCUGAGUUAUGAUGAGCAAUUAGUGCAAAUCUUAGAGAUAGGAGUCAAUGAACUAAGCUUCAAGAAGAUUCCUCUAGUAAAGGUCCUGUGGGAGAAUUGUUUAGCUAGAGAAUCAACCUAA